AUGGGUGAGAUCAGUAAAAAGGCAAGAUCAUCUACUAAGAGUGGUUCUCUACACACAGGUGGGGCUCAAAGUCAAGGAAGUGCGAGGAGGAAAUUGGAAAAUAAACUCAGAAGACCGGUAACUCAGGCUAAGGCAUUUAAGGCAACACACAUUACAAAAAAGAAAAAUCCUGAAGAUCCAGAUGUAUGGAUUGAACCGCGAGUUGAAGUGACCUAUAAUCGAUAUCUUCAUGCUUUGGAGGAUUUACAACAAACUCUUCCCGAAGAAAAUCAAGGUAUGCCACUUACUCAAGAACAGUCUGAGAGAAAUUAUGUUGAAGGUGAUGAGAAGCCGCAGAAUAACAAUUAG